AUGAACGCCCCAGAUAGAUUCGAGCUUUUUUUGUUGGGAGAAGGUGAGUCGAAACUAAAAAUCGAACCGGAUACCAAGGCACCAAACGCUGUGGUGAUUUCUUUCGAGAAGGAAGACCAUACGCUGGGCAACUUAAUAAGAGCGGAACUGCUGAACGAUAGGAAAGUACUGUUUGCUGCCUACAAAGUUGAGCAUCCGCUGUUUGCCCGCUUCAAGAUGAGGAUACAAACUGUCGAAGGUUAUGAUCCUAAGGACGCACUAAAAAAUGCUUGCAAUAGCAUAAUUAAUAAGCUUGCGGUAUUGAAAACCAAUUUUGAAACGGAGUGGAAUUUACAGACACUUGCAUCUGAUGACAAUUAUGGCAUAUGA